CAAUAUUGAACAGCAGAAUGGCUUUUGUCGAGGCGUCUACUCCGGUACUCUGUAGACUCUGUAGCUAUGCAGCAGCAGCAGGAGCACUCAGCCACUGGACUUAUUUCAUGCAUGGUGAACACCACCUCUCUGCUCCGUAUUUGCUGAGAAUUGCGAUAAUAAUCCCGAUCGCGACAUCAAUUUACAUGUGGAAAUACACCUUCCUAGACGCAGUCCAGGCUAUUACUUUGACAACCCAGCUGGCGGCUUCAUACUACGCAGCCCUCUACACCAGCAUCAUCCUAUAUAGAGUAUUCUUCCACCGCCUGAGAAAGUUUCCAGGACCCUUUGCAGCAGGAGUAACCAAGCUAUGGCACGUUUUGAAACUAGCUCCAAAGUCCAGGAACUACAUGGAGCUGAAUAGUCUGCGAGAGAAAUACGGAGACUACGUCCGCACCGGCCCAGCUGAAAUAACAAUACUUGACGCCGACGCCGUCCCAGCUCUGCUGGGUCCGUCAUCGAAAUGCUCCAAGGCGCCCUGGUACGACUCCAACCACCCCGUUAUCUCGCUGCAUACCCUGCGGGAUAAGAAAUCGCACGAUGCGCGGCGUCGGAUCUGGGAUCGUGGCUUUGGCGCAAAAGCCCUCCGCGCAUACGAAGACCGAAUCCUUGGGUACUCACGCGCCCUGCAGGACCAAAUAUCCCGACUCUCCGGCCAUCCCAUCAGCGCGGCCGACUGGUUCCAUUUCUACAGUUUCGAUGUGAUGGGAGAUAUCGCGUUUGGCCGGUCGUUUGAGAUGCUGAAGACCGGGAAGCCGCAUUUUGCGCUGAAUUUGUUGAAGGAGGGGAUGGCGCCGCUGGGUUUGUUAGGGCCGGUUCCCUGGGCGUUUUGUAUUCUUACGAGUAUUCCGGGACUGGGGAGUGGGUUUAAGACGUUUGUUGGUUGGUGUACGGAGCAGGUUAAGGAGAGGAAGAAGAUUGAAAUGGACGUGCCGGAUCUCAUGUCCUGGCUCAUUGAGUCCAGCGAAAAGACAGAGAAGAGCCAGCGCAAGGCUUCAGAGGCUCUCCUAGAGAGUGAUUCGCGACUCAUAGUGGUUGCAGGGAGUGACACCACGGCAUCAACCUUUACGUUCAUGUUCUAUCACUUGGCCAGGGAUACAAAUAUGCAGGAGAAACUCCGAAAAGAACUAGUCUCCCUGCGAGAAUCCGAUCGGAGCUUCUCUUUCAAGAGUCUACAAAGGGCCGAUAUGUUGAAUGCCAUCAUAAACGAGACUCUGCGCCUGCAUCCGCCUGUCCCUUCGGGUGCACUGCGCUUGACGCCACCGGAGGGUAUCAAGAUUGGAGAGACUUUUAUUCCUGGUAGCACCACGGUUGUUGCGCCGAGUUAUUCAAUUGGAAGGCUCGAGAGCUGCUACGAGAAAGCGGAUGAAUUCAUCCCAGAACGCUGGAGCUCGAAGCCUGAACUCGUCAAGAAUAAGGCAGCCUUUGCGCCGUUCUCUCUGGGAUCCUUUUCGUGCGUGGGAAAGCAGGUAGCACUGAUGGAGCUACGAAUGACAACUGCGCUUCUCGUAACGGGGUUUGAUAUUCGCUUUGCACCGGGGGAGAAUGGGCAGCGGUUGCUGAAUGAAUCAAAGGACUUCUUCACCAUGUCUAUUGCGGACUUGCAGCUUGUAUUUACUUCCACGGCGGGAUAGGUGGUGCCUACGUGGUGACUGAAAGCUUUCUUCAAUAGACAAACACUGAACGAUCAGCAAGACGG